GAAAAAUCUCCUAUAUUUGAUGUCAGUAAAAAUAUUCCUUUAGUGCCUUUGUUCAGAGAGACGGAGGUGGACAGUUAUUUUUCUGCAUUUGAAAGAAUUGCGAUGUCAUUGAACUGGCCUAAAGAUGUUUGGGCGUUAUUAUUACAGUGCAGAUUAGUGGGUAAGGCGAUGGAAGUUUUUUCCACUUUGCCUUUAGCCGAAAGUUUACAGUAUGAUAACGUUAAGGCAGCUAUUUUGCGCGCUUAUGAACUCGUACCUGAAGCCUACCGACAAAAAUUUCGAGGCCAUAGGAAAAGUAACAGUCAGACGUUCGUUGAAUUCGCACGUGAGAAAGGGAUUUUGUUUGAUAAGUGGUGCGUUUCGAGUCAAGCUAGCGAUUUUGCUUCUCUGCGUGAGCUUAUACUUCUUGAAGAUUUCAAGAAGUGCUUACCUGAACGCAUCGUAUUAUAUCUAAAUGAGCAAAAGGUGACGACGUUAUCGAUUGCUGCUGUUUUGGCCGAUGAAUUUGCGCUAACGCAUAAAAACGUGUUUUCUGUUGUGCGCGGUGACAGGCCUGGUGUUGUGGCUGCAUCUUUGAAUACUGUACCGGCCAAGAUCAAUGGGGAACGGUUUAGAGAAAAACGUGAGUGUUUUUAUUGCCAUAAAGUAGGUCAUGUCAUUGCUGACUGUAUGGUAUUAAAGAGAAAAUCAAAUCCGGUUAAAACGCAGUCAGUAGGUCUUAUCAAAACUUCUUUAGUACAGGCUGAUUCAGGGUAUGAACCAUUUUUGUUAGAUGGUUUUGUGUCUUUCAGUGGUCAACUUGAGGACCGAGUUGCAGUGAGAGUGUUGAGGGACACUGGUGCUGCUCGCUCGUUGAUACGCGGUGAUGUUUUGCCUUUCUCCAAGGAGUCUGGUUUGGAUUCCAGCAUUUUAGUGCAAGCAGAAUUGACUCAGAGAUUUCCAGAAGUUUUCCCAGCGUGUGUCCUGACUCGGUCUCAGACGAAGAGGAUGGGAACGGAGUUUACACUAGAUGACACCUUCAUGUGCACUGAUCAUCCAGUUCAAGUUGAUGUGGAGUCUGUCAGUGUCAAAGAGCAUCCAUGCCAGGAGUCAGAAUCAGAACAGAGGUGGAUGCUAGUGCCGUUGGAGCUGGUGCUGUGCUCUUACAGGAAGAUAAAGAAGCAUUUCGAAGUUUAUGUGGGGUCUACCCCAUAUCAAGUGAUAGUGUAUACGGAUCACAAUCCCCUUACCUUCUUGUGUCGAAUGUACAACCACAAUCAGCGGCUUAUGCGUUGGGCUUUAAUUGUCCAAGAUUACAACCUGGAAAUUCGGCACAAGAGAGGCACAGAUAACGUGGUAGCUGAUGCUCUUUCUAGAGUUUAACAAGUGGGUACAAAUUGUUUUGUUAUUUUUCUUUUCAGUAAACAAACACUUUAAUGUUUGUUUUUUUUAAGGGGGAGGGUGUUACGUGACCGCAUUUGUUUCUCUCCUUCUUUUCUGUGAUUGGAUAAUUUUAGUGACGUCUUUUCUGUUAUUAUUUGCUGCUGUUUUU